AUGAUAGUUUCAUUGAAAACUACAAGCCUGCAGAUGACAUGGCUAUUAAUGCUAAUGUUUUCAUUUGCAGUCAAUGCUAAAAGUCUGAAGGAAUCAAACUCUCCAAUAAUAGAGUACAAAGCUUUUAUGAUAUAGUGGAAUGCUCCUACAACACAGUGCAAGAAGUGUUUUCAUGUGGAUCUAAAUCUCCAAGCUUUUGACAUUGUGGUUAACCCUAAUGAGGCAUUAAAUGGGCCCCCUGUUACCACAUUUUAUGAAAAAGAAUUAGGGAAUUAUCCUUACACUGAUCAAAGUGGAGCGAUUGUCAAUGGAGGAAUGCCUCAGAAUGAGAACCUUCUUAAGCACCUUGAAAAGGAAAGUAAUUCCUCGAGAAAAUUCGAAGGACUUGUUGUUAUUGACUGGGAAGAGUGGAAACAUCAGUGCGAAAGGAAUUGGGGUUCUAAAAAUGUAUAUAGAAUCCAGGUUUUAAACCAUAUUAAAUAUAACAACAAGGAUUUGUCAGAAGCCGAAGUAAAAGCAAUAGCAAAACAGGUAUAUGAAAAUGCUGCCAAGAAUUUUAUGAUUUCUACUCUCCAUUUGGGGUUAGGAAUCAGACCACAAGGACACUGGGGUUUUUACCUUUACCCAGAGUGCUACAAUUAUGAUGACCAAAAAGCCCCACUGACAUACACCGGGAAAUGUGCAGAAAUUGAAAUUUCCUGCAAUGAUGACCUCGGGUGGCUAUGGCAAGAAAGUACUGCUCUUUAUCUUUCUAUAUACUUGCCACUGAUAUUGAAGGAUAGUAUAAAUACCCAGAAAUUUGUUUACUAUGGAGUCAAAGAAGCAAUGAAAAUUUCCCAAAUGGCUAGGAGGGACUAUGAUCUGCCUGUUUUUGUUUAUACUAGGUUAUUUUAUAGCCAUGGUACUGAGCCCUUGACUAAAAAUGAUUUAUUGUACACUAUUGGUGAGAGUGCUGCAAUGGGGGCAGCAGGUAUGGUAAUAUGGGGAGGAAUGGAGUAUUCCAGUUCAAAA